GUAUAAAAAUCGUUAACAAUUUCGAAGUAAGCAUAUUCAUUUAUACGUUCGAUCCUUCGAUCAAGUUAAAUUAAAGUCCAGCUCAAUUUUUUUAAAAAGAAAACAAAAAUGAUGAAACUUUUCGGACUCUUUAUGCUGAUUGCUGCCAUUUUAAUAAUGGCACCAACAUCUUUGGCCCAGUGUAUUGCCAACAGGAACGGAUGUCAACCUGAUGGAAGUCAAGGAAAUUGUUGCUCUGGUUAUUGCCACAAGGAACCAGGAUGGGUUGCUGGAUAUUGCCGUUAAAGUGUUCAUAAAAACAUAAAAAUAUCUCAUUUUACGAAUUUUUAAGAAGUUUUUUUACAAAAAUGUUUAUUUUUAUUAGGUAUGCAUUUUGAUUAUACUUUAUACUUUCAAAAGUAAGGAAUUGUAAAAAUUUAUCAGUCUAAGGAAAAAUAUUAAAUUUGAAAUAAAUAUAUUUGGUGGUAAUUUCAA